GUCGGCGCGGAGCAAGGGGCUGGUGCUGCCUUCUUGAUCUUCGCAACGGUGAUGGUCCAGAUCUUCUCCUCGUGCUACAGUGGGAAUUCUUCUCCGCCUUCCGGAGACUCCCGGCCACCAACGGGUGUGGAUCUUCUCCCGCAUGUCCUUCACGAAGCCAUGUGCGAGAUGCUGUCGGCCUCAGACUGCCUCUCCUACCGCUCGUCGUGUCGAAUCUGCAGAUCUGUCGUCGGACCGGCCUUCGUCACGCGGCGCAUUCAUCGGUGGCUCGAAAGCAACCGCCUCACAGACAUCUUCGCCAUCGAGCCCUCACCAUCUGGAGCAGUAUCGUCGCUGUAUGACCUCUUGGCGAUGGUUGGUCUGACGGCGUCUGGCGAGGUGCGGUACUUGCGCUAUCUGCUGGGGCUUCUAACCGCACUCGAGUGCAGCGGAGACUGGGACGGUUGGGUCUGGCGGCUCCAUGUAAUGAAGCACUUCGGCACUCUCUACCCCAUCCCGCAUCCAAACCGCCCCAUUGUGCUGAAGCCAGCCCACGUUCGACAGGCGUUCUGCAUAUCGCGUCGCUACUCGCUGCCGGACAGCGUGCGGCAGUACCUGCUGUUUGGGCAGUUCCUGAUGGACGCAUCAGGUAUCGACUUGUCUGUCGAGCCGGACCACAACGGGAGUGGCUGGCUUGGGGCUAGAUGGGCGCCGCUUCAGUGGUACAUGCUUAGGUGGUCGUGCGAAAGCGUCUGUCUGGCCGGUGGUCCCUUCGGCUGCACCUACGAUGAGAACGACCCUGUGUGCACUGGUAUGUCGAAAGGGGGGAGGGGAUAAGGAGCAAGAGUCCACUCCGCCCUCUGUCUCCAUGCCGCAUGCAGUGUACGAUCGGACGGGUGAUUAUCCAUCGUGGAGUGACUGUUCCUGUUCCUCCUUCAGAGAUGCUGUCUGCUCCCGGUCAGGGCGUCUGAACUGCCAUGCCAGUCCAGCCAGACAGAUCUCGUUCUCUCUCUCUCUGUCUGUCUGUCUGUCUGUCUGCCUGCAGGAUUGGUAAUUUGGUCACCAUCCUCGUUCGUAACGUGGCCGUCACACGGGCCUCUGCGGCAGGUCAUCCCCACGUGCGCGACCGAAUCCACCACUUGACCGCCCAAUCGCCGCCGGUAUUUGGUCGACACACAGUGACCACAGUCGCCGAGGGAGUCCCCGACACACACAAUCUCGAGCGCACCGUCUACCUCUGCGGCGACGAGCCACACGACACAUUCGUGGCUUACGUGACCUUUCAUGUCUAUGGCGGGGCCUCGACGGCAAGCGUCCUCCUGCACACCACCGAGCGUCCAGCUGCGAAGGCGGGUGGCGUUGUGGAGCGGUUCCCCAAGACAGUUGCUUUGGCGUAUCGUGUCAUGGGCAGGGCUGAUGUGGAGAUACUCCUCGGCUGCCUGUGAGUAGUGAGUGUAUGUCACUUCAUGAGGCAUUCGUGAGGGGCGUUUUAUUAAUCUUGGUACGUUAUUUGGACUUCAUGUGAGUUGAUCAAGUAGCUGUGUAGCACUUUUUAUGAUGGGAAGACUGCUCUGUGGACUGGCUCGUGUCGUUCGUGCAAGGUGGCCACACACAUACUCUUCAUUCGUGUGUCGGGACGGACUCGAAAUUGUCUACGACCAAGUGUGAAGGUCUGUCUUCAUAGCGGCACAGCUGAGAUGGAAGUCUGAGAGACAUGGCAUCCAUCCACUUUAG